UAAUGGUGUAUAAAAGAAAAUUUAUUGAAAUAAUUUUUAAAGAAAUGUAUCAUAUAUUAUAUGAUGGUUGCAUUGCAUCUCCCCUAUUACCUAAAUCUUUUGAGCUUGAAAAGUGCACAAAGAAAAUUCAAUGAUACAUGAACUAAAACAAAAAAGACAUUGAUGUCUUAGAAACAAUAUCAUUCUGGGGAUAAAAGCGGGCCAAGCUUUCAUGCCAGCUGACUCACAAUAUUAAUAAAUCUUAUUUGUUUAUUAUAUCUAUUUAUUUUCCCUUUGGGAUUCAAGUUAUGCAACUAAAUCAUUUAGAAUAUGGUGUGAAAGGAAGAAUAUUCAAUAAAAAAUGGUGCUUUCAACCUCCCAAAUGGCAGCCAGCCCAGCGCUUCUAGCAUUCGUAAUGCAAAGAGUCUGGAUUUGCAGAGCUAUGAAAAGCCAUUUCCUGAAAAUCACAUGGGUUGAAUUCAACUCUUCUCGAAGUUUAUUAAAAUUUCUGUUGCAGUUUUCUUCAAAAGACGAAGAUCAAGGAUCAGCCUCAAUUGUGCAUACUCUUUGGACUCACCAAUCAGAUUGAGAGAAUUAUGCAUAAACAAUUGGAGCAGGUAACGGGUUGCUUUUGACUGCACGCAUCGUUUGCUGCAUAAAUCUCCAUUCAAUUGUAUAAUAUACAUUGCAGUCAUGGGUUUGAAAAUGCAUUCUCACCUAUUUUGACGUUUACAAACACUUGCAUCCACUUUCAUCCGUUGAUGAUGCUUCUCUUCUAUACAUAUAUUUAUAUAUAUCAACGAUAGAUUUGUUGUUUGACUGAUUCAGCCUCUCUUCUGAAACAAAAUAGUCUCUGUUCCCAUGUAAAUUCCAAAUCUCUACAGUUGGUCAACUCUCUUAGAAAGCUCUAUAAAUGUACCUGUGCACCAGUCGCUUGCUGUUUAAUUAACAAGCUCUGCAGCCUAAAGACACAGCCAUGGCUCAAUCUCUACUCCCCUAUGCUCUUGCUGCUUUGCUUUUAGUUCUUUCCCUGGAGGCUGCCUCUGCUGCACAACACCACCCCCACAAACUCAAGUCCCUCCACUUUUCACUUUACCAACAUGAAACUAUCAACAAAACUGGAUAUAUCAUAGUGAAUGGAGUUGCAGGAGCAAACCUCAGCCAAACUGCACUGCCUUUUGGUACCUUAUUUGUUUUCGAGGAUCCCAUGACAGUUACAGCCAACCGUACGUCCAAGGUCAUCGGUAUUGCAGAAGGAACUUCCAUAACCUCUAGCCUCGAUGGGCUUACGAGCAUUUCUACUGCUAAGAUUACUCUAAGUUUGAAGAACCAUAAAGGGUCAAUUUCCAUUGUUGGAGGCACGCAUAAUGUCAAACCUGCAGAUCAUCCUGUUGUGGGAGGCACUGGUGAUUUCUUGUUUGUACAAGGCUAUGUAACAUCUUCUCCGGUGGAUCUCGUAGGCAUCACUGUUGUCUACAAGAUUGAAUUUCACCUGUACUGGCCUCCAUAUGCAGAGCAAGUUCAUCCAGCCUAGAGGGAAAACUCAAAAUCCCAAUUCAACGACAUGUUCAAAUAACGAGCCUACGAAUCAUGCUCAACAUUUUUCAUUUUGUUCUAUGUUUUCUUCUAGCAUGGAAAUUGGAAAGAAUAUCAUUACAUUAUUUAUCAAAUAUCACUCUCCCACUUCCCCUGAUUCUUGGUUUUCUUGGUCAAAGCGCAAA